AUGUUUCAGGACCUUGAUGUUAUGAAAGUCCAUGCACUCCUGGAAGAGGAGCCAAGGGGCUCCUACAAAGUCAACUAUAUAAUAACUGAAGGGGGGAAAAUAACAGAGCUACAGUACGAUAAUAAGUUCACCAUAAACUUGGGGGAAUACAAGUUGCUGAAGAAGUACAGGGUCUACGACGAGAAGAUGUCGUUACCUUCUCAUGCCCUGUGCUUCGAAUCAGCUCCAUUCCCCCUCACCAGUUUCCAGGAGGCUAUAGAUAUAUUCAAAAAUCCUCCGGUGGUAGCCAUAAACUCCAUCAACAAUCUGCAUCAAAGGAUAUCUAUAAGAGGGGAAAUAGCCAGAAUUCCAUUGGAGCUGGAACCUGCAGAGGAUGCAGAAAACCCCUACAGGGGGUUGAGGCUGACAAACCCCCUAAUGAGGCCUCGCUCCCUCAAGGUUAAGUUGUGGAGGGAGAAGGCCUCCAUGACUAACGGGUUCUCCGUUGGAGACAAGAUUGUGGUCAAAAAUCUUAAGGUCAUGGAGUUCAGGGGGUCGACCUUCCUGAACUCCAUGGCCGACACCAGCAUAAUGAAUGACACAGAAUUCCAAGAAACAGUGGAAGGGUUAGUCAUUGGAGCAUCCUUCAUAAGAGAUGAACUGUCCAUAUAUUUAGAAGACUUUGGAAUGGUAUCCACAUCCCAUGAACAAAUGGGCAACAUAUUUCCAACCAAUGCCUUCGAGGCAGGAAUCCUCCUCCGCUGUGCCAUAAACAACGGGGAACUAACCUACAUUGUAAGUUUACUUUUUAAGUCAUUUAGUAUUUUAAGUUCUUAUCAUGAAUUGGAACCUUCUCUGGAUCUUUACACUCUUUUCCAACAGUUCCACUACUGAAAAAUUAUAUUUACAUGUCUUAGCUCAACCGCUAACAUCCAAGUAUCUAGCACAUGUUCUAAGGGAAUCGAUUCCUUUAAACUUUAUUACAGUAGUCAUAUUUUGGCCCCUUAAUACCUUGUUGUUUGGAUUGACUGAGCCAAAACCAGGCCUUUAAUAAUAUAUUAUUUUGUUUCCCCAAUCCUGUCCCUGGCAAGCCGCAGGUGUGAGUUGGUAGGUAUUGAAAUUUUAUUUUUGUUCCAAAUCAAAAAUAAAAUGGAAAAUGAAAAAAAUAAAAAAAUUGUGACUUUGUUUUGACAAUUAAAUUUUUUCAAGUUGCAGUUUUUGCAAGGAAGUCAAUAUUGGAAACAAAAAUAACUUUAUUUAUGGCCUCAUACGUCAUUAGUUCGACAAAUUUCGAGUUAAAGUAGUGUCUCAUUGGCACUCAUAUGUCAUUAGUUCGACAAAUUUCGAGUUAAAGUAGUGUCUCAUU